AUGGAUAUUGAAAUAUUAAAGAAAUGGAUUAAUACAAAUCCUCAAAAGGGAUUAGAAUUUAAAUUAAUUUAUAAAACUGGACAUGGUUUCUUUUGUUUUUGGACCGACCCUUUUUUCCUCAUUUUAAAUAAAAGGUCAAACGAAUCAGAUAAAUCUUUAUGUGAUUACAGUGCUGAUAAUAUUGCAGUCUCUUUUUGGUGUAUUAAUAGCCGUAUGUAUAUAUGUGAUUAUGGAGUGUACUAUGCUAUCAACAUAACGAAUGGAGAUCUCAUCUUUAAACAUACAAUACCUUUAUCUCCUGGUGAUUUGGUAGAAUUCAAUGGUGUUGUUAUUCAACCAUCAUCAUCUGGUGAUGACUUUUUGCUCAUUGGAGGUAAUAUAACAAUCUUAUAUUCCAAUUAUUUGAAUAACACUCUUUUUCAAAAGUCAUUCAUAGAUUUAAAGUUUCCACAACUAGAUGACCAAUGGAGUCCUCAGAUUGCAUCAUAUGAUUCAAUUAACAAUAUAGUGUACCUGAAUGCCGAGUAUACUGCCGGUUCAGUGUUGCUAAAAUUUGAUUAUAAUCAAAAAAAAGAGGAUGUGAUAACUUUAUCAGGUAAUGGAUUAUUCAUACAAUCAUCUUACAAUGAGUCAACUGGUACAAUAUAUCUGGGUGGUCCAAGUCAAGCAACCAACCAAUAUGGUCAGAUGGUAGUUGUCACCUAUAACACUCUGUCUGGAGAUAUGUCAUCGACCACUAUUAAAUUCGAUCAUGUUCCUGAUAGUUGUUAUUACUCUACCGAGUUGUAUCAACACAACUCCAAUUUCUUUGCUGGACUAAGAGGUGAUACUGGUGAUUGA